GAGCAGAGGCAGAGGAUUAGAUCAAACAUCCCUCUCUCUCGGAAAUGUUCACUUCGAAAUCCAACUCUGUGUCCCCUUCUCCGUCCAUGGAACAAGCAGACUCGGAUGCUUUGGAUAUCAGCACCAAAGUGCAGCUGUAUGGAGUGCUCUGGAAGAGACCGUUCGGGAGGCCGUCUGCCAAAUGGUCCAGGAGAUUCUUUAUCAUCAAGGAGAGUUUUCUCCUUUACUAUGCUGAGAGUGAAAAGAAGAAUUUUGAAAACAACCGGUACUUUAAUAUACACCCAAAGGGUGUCAUCCCUCUUGCUGGUUGCAUUGUAGAAGCCAAAGAAGAGCCCAACAUGCCAUAUGCAAUGAAAAUCUCUCAUGAGGAAUUUCAUGGCAACAUUGUCCUAGCAGCAGAAUCAGAAUAUGAACAGGCCCAGUGGUUGGAGAUGCUACAAGAGUCUGGAAAAGUGACCUGGAGAAAUGCUCAGCUGGGAGAAGCUAUGAUUGAGACCCUUGAAGCGCAGGGACUCCAGCUUGCCAAGGAGAAACAGGAGUAUUUAGAUAAACUGAUGGAGGAGACAGAGGAGCUGUGUCUGCAGAGAGAGCAGAGAGAGGCUCUGGAGCGCCUCAACCAAGUGCUGGAGGCAGAGAAGCAGCAGUUUGAGGAAGUGGUGCAAGAUCUGCGGGUGGAGCAAGAGCAGAUUAAACGAGAGCUGGAAAUGACAGCCCAGUCCCUCAAAGGUGUGGAGGAAGAGAAGAAAGGGCUCCGAAGCCUGACAGAGACAUUGCAGAAGACUCUGGAAGAACUUUCUCUGGAAAAGCAACGAACUCUGGAAAUGCUGGAAGAGAAUGAGAGUCAGCUGCAGCCUCCAACCAGCCCUAGUGAACAACCAGAUGCUGCUGGGGGUCUGCAAAGCAACUUGCAUCAGAUUGAGGAGAAAAUGCACCAGCUGCUAGAGGAGAAACUCCUGGCAGAGAAAAGAAUGAAGGAAAAUGAAGAGCGCUCCCGAGCUCUAGAGGAGGAGCGGGAGUUCUACUCUUCCCAGGCCCAGGCCUUGCAGAACUCACUCUCUGAGCUCAAUGCAGAGAAACAACAGACUGAGAGAGACCUCAAGGCAGAAGUGAAGGUGCGCAUGGAUCUAGAGAAACAUCUGGAGGAGGCUAAGGAAGCCCUGCAGAGCCUUGAGCAAGGCCUAAAUUGUCUGCAUCGCAACAAAGAAAAAGAAGAAAAGAUGAAAGCUGAUGUCGGCAACCUAAAAAAAUUCUUUGAGGAAUGCAUCCGGAAUUCUGAGUUAGAAGCCAAAAUGCCAGUGAUCAUGAAGAACUCUGUGUACCUCCACAAGGCUGCCACUCGCAGGAUAAAGAGCUGCCGCUUUCACCGCAGAAGAUCCAGCAACUCAUGGAACGACUUGCGGCAAUCACAAUCAUUCAUGUACUCGGAGGCUGAAAACAUAGAAGAACUGAAGCAAGCUGCCAAGAGGCUGACUCAAGACCAGUACUUCCGGGAAACCGUUUUUCAAAUCAUGAUGUCACACAAAGGUUCCUUCUCGGCCAACAAAAAGUGAACUUUUGCCUCCUACCAAGACGGUGUUUCCAAACUCUGCUUGUCGUCAUUCAGCUCAGCAAAUGCCAAAUCAUUGCAACUCGAGGCAGAAGUCGGAUGCUAGCUGGCAAUGCACGCUUUCCUUGGGAACGAUGGACGGUGAACAGAGCACCCUUUGUGGACAGAGUGGUUUAGCUACCAUUCUGAGGGGAGAGGGUCUGUUUUACCUGUGCCAUGCCUUGACUAUUCGGCCAUUCACCCCAGGUCACAACAACUAUUACCCACUUUCCAUUACAGUAUGCUUUGUCAAGAUUCUACAGUCAGUGACUCACAGACCCUUAGCUUGGAAAAUGUCCAGCCAUUCUUUUCAGACCAGGAGCAAAUACAGAUGACAAGAAGUCACCAAGUGGUCAUUAUUUAAUAGCUCUGCAAUUUCCAAUCAAUUGGUCAGUUAGAUUAAAUGAUUUUUUUAAAAAAACAACCCUUUUGAUUAACUAAAAAGUCUUCCCUAAUGAAUUGGGCAACUCAUUAAAAAAUGUUGCUUAUUUUUAAAAUAGAUACUUCUAUACAAACUGCAUCUUCAGAAACAUUUUCCGCAUGUUCCUUACCUAAGAGGGAAUGUCCUAGGAUGACGCCUGCUGUAUACAAAUGUUGCAUCAUCUAAAAAAAGAGAAUGGUUUUUGCUUCUAAGCUCUUGCUUUCAGUCAUAUAUGCAAAUGUAUAUACAAUUUCAUCAGUUAAUUUACUAAAACUCAUUCAAUGAAUCAACUAAGAUUUCUUUAAUUAGGCAACAUCCCUAGUAACUUAACAUGGUGGGCAUCCAUGCCGAUGAGGAGCAAACUGUCUCUAUGGCAGUGAGGAAAAGGACAUGCCUCUGCUGCUUUGGAUUUCAGAUGCAGUGUGAAUUUAUAGUAAAACUGGCUUCACCACCUGUCCAGGCAGUUCCCUAAAUACACAGAUGGACACUUUGCAAAAUGAUGACUGGGUGGAUUGUUAUCUGUGUUAACCCUUGGUUUGACCACAAAACAUACAUGUGUCUGAUAGACUGCCGUGUUCUCUCCACUUUUUAAAGUUCAGAUGUAGUUCUGAAACAGCCCCCAGGAGUAAGAAGUUUCAGGAGUAGUAAUUUACAAGGUCAGUUCUCUUGUGAGGAAAGAGAGCUGGUGACUUCAGGGCGCUUUCCAGAUUGAGCCCUACCACAGGAUCACUACGGAUCUGCUACGUGUGCUUCCGUACUUCCUGUGAUGUGACACCGCAGUCCCUGUGCAGACAGCAAGGUGCCACUCACAUUUCUGAUGCCUUCUUUUGGAUUUUAUCUUUUUCUUUAUAGUGCUACAACGUUGCAAGUCCAUUGUAGAAAAAUAGCUGUAUCUUCCCGUUGUCAAGUUUGAGAUUCUUGGGAUCAUUUUCAGUAGGGGCGUAGCUAUAACUGAGUGAGAGGGUUCAAAGAACACGGGCCCCCAGCUCCUGAGGGCCCUCCAGAUCCAUCUCUCCCUUUUUUCUUCAUUAUCUCCCUCACUCUAGGGGGCCACCAGAGAGAGGGAUGAACACGGGCCCCCUCUCCCCUACCUGUACAAUCCUGCCAAGUCGAAGCAUUUAACCCCUGUUAUAGCAUGUAAUCUGGAAAGCGCCCUGAUGUUUUUUGUAGUAUAGAUCUGUUUACCAAGGGCAGGAGGGGAGCAGCAGACUAUGCUACUCUUUGGAGCAACAUAAGCUCCCCCAAAGCAACUGCAUGCCCUUGCAGCUCUUUCUUGCCAACCAACUACUAGACUGUGGUUUUUAACUGCCUAAUUUCAACCUGCUUUACCCCCCUUGCCGUCCACAACCACAGAUCAGUCUGGUCUUAGCAUGCACUGUGACUGAAAGGAAUGAGCCGCAAAUUCCAGCAUCUUGGUAUAGGCAUCAGCCAUCAAUCAAGUAUGCCAAAGCCUAGAAGGAUGGUCAUCUCUUCACUUGGCAAUACAGUAGCACUCCCCUAACAAUGUCUUGUCCUUUGACCUGCUUUUUUUGCCAGCCCACAUAGUUUACUGAAUUGCUCUCUAGUUUUUUCUGCUUUCACCUGGUAACAUACAUCAUGCAUUCCUUUCUUCUUGAAGACAUACGGAGAGCAGGAAGAGUCCUAAAUGCCAGGUUUAUCAGUCUCCUUACCAUGCACAGCAAAGUCAAAUGCAGACAGAAUUCUUGAUUCUACUCCUACAUAUGUGGAAAUUGGUAUUUUAAGGUACUGCAAAUCUAAAGAGCGUGAUAAGGUCUGGGGAAGUGGAGGACAGCAUUUGCCAAGUAAGCAAAAAGCUUCCUUGAUGCACUGUUCAAAACCUCCUUCUGGAUUGUGUCAGGCUAGUGGUCAGUAGUGAGCUGCAAUGCUACUGAUUUCAAUUUACACUGAUACUGUUAACAUCAGUAGCUGGCAACUGAAGCAGAACAAGCUGGUAUAACUGUAUAACCAUUUGUCCAGACACAGGAACAGAACUUUUCCUGAAGUCCCAUUCUACUUGCAUCAAUAGCUUCUUCAUCUGCACCAUCAAACCAAUUUUAAAAAUUGGAGGAUGGGAAUGAACUAAUGGAGUAGGUUAUCCCAGCUCUAGAUAACUCAUUUGAUUUGAGAAACAUUGGCUCCCUCUAGUGGUACUUAGUAACAAUGCAGUUGCUGUAACAGCUCUUUGCAGGAUGUUGAGGGCAGGGCGGGGGUAAUGAAAUUACAGCUGUAAACCCCAGUUAUGACAGAGUAAUUGUUAAUAGCAGCAUCACCCUUGUCCAAGUUCUUUAUGAUAGGCAAGCAAAUGUCUCCAUCGAAAUGGACAUGAGGGGUUCAUCUUUCCUUUCUGUUUGGUUUUUGCUUGAGGUUGCUGCUAGGGAUGUUAUUUUCAUACUGAAUUCAAAACUCAUCCUGGAACAUAGGAAGCUGCCGUCAACUGAGUUAGACCAUUGAUCUAUUUAGCUCAGUAAUGUCUACACAGAUUGGCAGCAGCUUCUCCAAGGUUGCAGGCAGGAAUCUCUCUCAGCCCUAUCUUGGAGAAGCCAGGGAGGGGACUUGGAACCUAGAUGCUCUUCCCGGAGAGGCUCUAUCCACUGAGGGGAAUAUCUUCCAGUGCUCACAUGUGGCCUCCCAUUCAAAUGCAACCAGGGCAGACCCUGCUUAGCUAAUGGGACAAGUCAUGCUUGCUACCACAAGACCAGCUCUCUUCUCCAUCCUGGAUGGAAGGAUGUCCAGUGUGGGAUUAUUCCAUACCUUAGAGUAAGGGUGGGCAAACUUUGGCAUCCCAGGUGUUUGGCAUCAAUUUAUUGUGGCUGGGGAUGAUGGGAACUGUAGUUCCAGAGUGCCAAAGAUUGCCUACCCCUGCAUUAGAAAGUGAAUUACAUGUUAGUGAUGUCUUUGUAACACAGAACAUAUCACACCUUGUUUAAACAGCUAUGCUACAGAAUCGUUGCCCAUGAUCAGGUCAGGCAACUUAAGGCACAUGGGACUGCAUUUAGCUCAGUAAGGCUUUUACCUCAUAGGAAGAUAGAAAGCUGCCAUAUACUGAGUCAGACCAUUGGUCGGUCUAGCUCAGUAUUGUCUUCACAGACUGGCAGCGGCUUCUCCAAGGUUGCAGGCAGGAAUCUCUCUCAGCCCUAUCUUGGAGAAGCCAAGGAGGGAACUUGAAACCUUCUGCUCUUCCCAGAGUGGCUCCAUCCCCCUAAGAGGAAUAUCUUACAGUGCUCACACAUCAAGUCUCCCAUUCAUAUGCAACCAGGGCGGACCCUGCUUAGCUAUGGGGACAAGUCAUGCUUGCUACCACAAGACCAGCUCUCCUCUCCUUUCCCCUCCAUUCAGGCAGUCUUGGUGGUGAGUCACUAGGUGGAAGGAACAUGGAAAUGCCUAGAGCAUAUUGUGUGUGUGUGUGUGUGUGUGUGUGUGUGUGUGUGUGUGUGUGCGUGCGUGUGCGUGUGCGCUUUUGAAACUGGAUGUUAUCUAUGAGCCUUACAUUGCCUUCCUUGGAUCUAGAUCAGCAUAGUACUUAGCACUUUAAUAGAGCAUCCUACUCAUAGAGCCUGAACUAGAGCUCAAGGGUAGGUGAGUUCUUAGGCAACUGCUUAGUCCUGGAAGCCGGUUUUCCAAUCCAUGUAUGAAUUGUAGUGGUGAGGUUGGAAAUUACUUCUGCACAUAAUAUUGUGAGGGUGAUAAAGGUACUGUUGUCUCCCUUGUUUUAUUUUUCAUGUUUGUUUGUUUGUUCACAUACACAGUCAUAUAUCCUGCCACUGGACUCAAGGUAGCUAGCAAAAUCAAAAAUAUAACACAAAAUUCCACUCUUCCCUCCCCUUCUACAUGUGCAAGGAGAUUUGGUAUCCAUGUCAGACAGCAGGAUAGUGCAGCAGGUCAUAAUACAUAUGUGUAUAUAAGAAGAUAGUCAAUAUAUAACAAACAUCAUAUUACAUCGUAAAACUUACAGCAACUACAUACCACUGCAUAAUAGCUAAUGUUCUAACUUUCUAGAUUACAUUCAGAUAAUUAUUUGUUGUUGGUGGUGGUUGUUGUUUUUCCAGUUGGAAAUGAUGGGCUGGGUUCAGUCAUUGUGGUCAUACCAGGGAACGUGUUGUGUUCUUCCCUUGCAUACCCCGAUUCCUCCAUUUUCUUCUCCAUGGCAAUGAUCAUUUGCUGUGACAUCUGAAUUGGGCAGACUACUGAUACUGCUAACUGUAGUUCUGCCUCCAGAUCAGAACUGAAAAUGGUGGUCUGCACUGGCUUUCUAUUCUAGUUUGUGGGCAAAUGAUGGUUAGCAGUAACCAUCAUUUGACUGAUUGAGUGUUAUAAUGAACGGGUUACUGUGAACCCAGAAGUGGAGGAGAGAAUAGAUAUGUGGAAGGAGAGGGGGAGUGUGUGCACCAACAACUCAUUCCUAUCAGCCAAAUCAUGGUUUGGCCAUGACAUGUGAACUGGGCCGUCAUUAUAAUGAACUUUCCUUGUCUGUUCUGGUUUAGUUUUCAAGUUACUUAAGUCUGUGUGUCACACACACACACACACACCUGUAUUUCAGUUCUUAUGUUCUGCAGCCAUUUUACUGUUUUGAUUCCAGCUCCUAUUUGCCUGCUGCCUGAUCGCAGGAAACCAAGACUGUAACCAGGCUUGAGAGGUGGCUGCUCAGGGUGGGAGUGGUGGGGGGAACAAACUUGGACAACUAA